AUGGCCACAGCAGGAAACCCCUGGGGCCGGUUCCUGGGGUACCUCAUCCUUGGUGUCACAGGAUCCCUAGUCUCUGGUAGCGGCAGCCAAAUCAUAAACGGUGAGGACUGCAGCCCGCACUCGCAGCCCUGGCAGGUGGCACUGGUCAUGGAAGACGAAUUGUUCUGCUCGGGCGUCCUGGUGCAUCCGCAGUGGGUGCUGUCAGCCGCACACUGUUUCCAGAACUCCUACACCAUCGGGCUGGGCCUGCACAGUCUUGAGGCCGACCGAGAGCCAGGGAGCCAGAUGGUGGAGGCCAGCCACUCCGUACAGCACCCUGAGUACAACAGACCCUUGCUCGCCAACGACCUCAUGCUCAUCAAGUUGGACGAAUCCGUGUCCGAGUCUGACACCAUCCGGAACAUCAGCAUUGCUUCGCAGUGCCCUACCGCGGGGAACUCUUGCCUGGUUUCUGGCUGGGGUCUGCUGGCAAACGGCAGAAUGCCCACCGUGCUGCAGUGCGUGAACGUGUCGGUGGUGUCUGAGGAGCUCUGCAGUGAGCUCUAUGACCCGCUGUACCACCCCAGCAUGUUCUGCGCCGGCGGAGGGCAAGACCAGAAGGACUCCUGCAACGGUGACUCUGGGGGACCACUGAUCUGCAACGGGUACUUGCAGGGCCUUGUGUCUUUCGGAAAAGCCCCGUGUGGCCAAGUUGGCGUGCCAGGUGUCUACACCAACCUCUGCAAAUUCACUGAGUGGAUAGAGAAAACUGUCCAGAUGCUGUGAUUGCCAUCCAGUCCCAGAAUGUGGGAGGCUGGGGGUGUGAGAAGCAUUCCCAACCCUAGCAGGGUUGUACCAUUUCAGCAACUUCCAAUGCAGGGACGUCCUGGUGCACCCUCACUGGGUGCUCACUACUGCUCACUGCAUCACUGGGAACACUGUGAUCAACUAGCCAGCACCAUAGAUCUAUGAAGUCAGACUAUCAUGAUUACUGGGUUGACUAUGCUGUCUAUUGUACUAACCAUGCCCAUGUUUUGGUGAAAUUAGCAUCACUUGGCCCCAACCAUCUUGGUAUCCAAUUAUCCUCACCGAAUUGAGAUUUCCUACUUCAGUGUCAGCCAUUUCCACAUAAUUUCUGACCUACAGAGAAGAGGGAUCACAGAGCUCUUCAAGGUUGCUGGUACUCCCCUCACAAAUUCAUUUCUCCUGUUGUAGUGAAAGGUGCGCCCUCUGGAGCCUCCCAGGGUGGGUGUGCAGGUCAUAAUGAUGAAUGCAUGAUCGUGUUCCCAUUACCCAAAGCCUUUAAAUCCCUCGUGCUCAGUACACAAGGGCAGGUCUAGCAUUUCUUCAUCUAGUGUAUGCUGUCCAUUCAUGCAAUCACCUCAGGACUCCUGGGUUCUCUGCCUGGUUGAGCUCCUGCAUGCUGCCUCCUUGGGGAAGUGAGGGAGAGGGCCCAUGGUUCAACGGGAUCUGUGCAGUUGUAACACAUUAGGUGCUUAAUAAACAGAAGCUGUGAUGUUAA